CGCCAGUCUUCAUCCCGUAGACAGAAAUAACCAGAGUCUCCCUGUCAGUGGCGGCGCUCGUCCCCGCUUCCCGUCGCCGCCGCCUGCGCCAUGCUCCGCCUCCGUAGCUCCAUCCUCACCCACCUCCUUUAUUCUCCCGCCACCUCUCUGGGCUCCUCGGUGCAGCGCCUUCUCUCCGCAGCCGCCCCACGCAUUCCUCCAAGCCCUGGCUUUGCCGUGGACUACCUCGUCGAGAACUGCGGCCUCACCCGGCCGCAAGCCCUUAAGGCCUCCACUAAGAUCUCCCACCUCAAAUCCCCCUGCAAGCCCGAUGCCGUCCUCGCCUUCCUCUCCGGUCUUGGAUUCUCCACCGCCGACAUCGCCGUCCUCGUCGCCAAGGACCCGCAGUUCCUCUGCACUCGCGUGGAGACAACUCUGGGACCUAACGCCGUCGAGCUCACCGCCCUCGGAUUCUCGCAGACUGAGAUUGCGAGCCUCGUCUCGCUCAUCCCCGCCUCCUUCCGCCGCAGAUCCAUCGUCUCCAACGUGCCGUACUACCUGUCCCUCCUCGGUUCAUACGAGAACCUCCUCCGGGUACUCAUGAAUAGCUCCACCCUCCUCUUCGUCAGCCUCGAGAAGGUGGUCAAGCCCAAUGUCGCCUUCCUGCGGGAGUGCGGGCUAGAUCACUGUGAUAUUGCCAAGCUGUGCAUCUCCUGGCCACGGCUGCUCAGCGCCAACCUAGAGCGCGUCCAUGCGGCGGUGGCAUGCGCCGAAAGUAUUGGCGUGCCUCGUGGGUCUGGGAUGUUCAGGCAGGCGCUGCGCGCUGUUUCAUUCCUCAGCAAGGAGAAGGUCGCUGCCCAAGUGGACUACUUGAAGAGCACGAUGGGGUGGUCGGAUGCCGAGGUGGGCAUUGCUAUUUCUAAGCUUCCGAUGCUGCUGGUGAGAUCUAAGGGCAUUCUGCAUAUUCUGUCGGAAUUCCUUAUCUCUGAGGUGGGGUUGGAACCGGCAUACAUUGCUCAUCGGCCAGCAUUGCUCACUUAUAGCCUGGAGGGCCGGCUUAGGCCACGGUACUGUGUUUUCAAGUUUCUCAAGGAAAAUGGACUGCUAGGUCGGGACAGGAGCUAUUUUUCCGCAGUCACGGUGACCGAGAGGGUAUUCAUGGAGAAGUACAUCAUCCCUCACGAUGAAGCUGCACCACACCUAGCUGAAGACUAUGCUGCCGCUUGUAAAGGGGAAGUGCCUGCUAGAUUCAUAUUUGCUUGAUCCAAGAACGGUGUAUUGGAUUUUUUAAAUGCGUACUACACAACCAAGAUUUCUCUCUGAGCCGUAAGCUGGUUUGGCUAGUGCAAGUUGAUAUUGAUUUGUGAGUCCUGUUAUGUCCAUUACAUCAAUCAGUAGAGAAGAAAGCAUGGUGGUCGUGAACUGGUUAAUCCUCAUGUUAUAUUGAGUGUGAACCAGGCUAUUCUGCAAAUGUAUUGAAGCAUCAAUGAAUAGUACUAUGUCUGCACUAUUGAUUUCUGUGUGGAUACUGAUAUGGAUUAUGGAAGAAGCAGAGUGCUCACAAAUGAUCCUUGCAGUUUCCAGUGCAUCCUCUAAUCUAUCUUUCCAUGAAAGAUGUUCCUUAGUUUAGCCAUGGAGAUGAGAGUUUCAUUCUGACAUAACUCUGAACCUUUGUUUUUGUCGGGAACAAUUUUAUACUUAUUGAUGACCAUAACAAAUUGAUCACUGCUGAGGGUGCAGUUUUGAUUUAGUUUGUUAGUUGCUUGCUAUGAGUCAUGUAUCAUUGUCUGAAGAGAUUAAAUGGUGUGAAAGAAGUUAAUGUUUUACUAGUUUGUAUCUGUUUACUCCUUUAUAAUUCUCCAGUAUUUUUCUUUGGCCUAAUGGCUAAUACUUUCAGUUAGGGGCAAUUCAUGUCAAAACUGAAUAAGGCAGUAAUACAAUUUCUGAAAUACCACCUACUAUCUCCUCAACAUACCAUGGGUCUAUGGCUAGUAGAUACCAAGCCUCCUCAGGUUUACACUAAUCAAGGUCAUAUGUUCUUUAUGCUUCGAAAGUAACAUGUCUGAAU